AUGGAUGCCCCUCGAAUGGCAUCAAGUCCGAGUCCGAUCCGCGGUACGGAGACGGAACAUACUCCCACCGGCCCUGCUAAGCCUGUGAGAUAUACCUCCUCCUCGUCAUACGAAAGUCCUAGACGGCAUCAACAUCGCGAACCCACCGCACCACGCCAGGUCAAGGAAACUCUCAAUGCUCGCUCCGAAUACACGACAAGCCAAGAUGACGGAACUGCACAGCACCGCAUCAACCAGUACAUAAUCAAGCAAGAGAUAGGGCGCGGCUCGUUUGGCGCAGUGCAUUUGGCCGUGGAUCAAUAUGGCAGCGAAUAUGCUGUCAAAGAGUUUUCCAAGGCCCGAUUAAAGAAACGGCAACAAUCGCAUAUGCUGCGACGCCCACGUGGACCACAACGUCCGGGAACUGGAUUCAACUCACCACUCCAUCGACACCCCUCAGGAACGGACGAAGCUCAGGAAGGCCAUCCGUUGGAUUUGAUCAGGCAGGAGAUUGCAAUCAUGAAGAAAUUGAACCACAGCAACCUGGUUUCAUUAAUCGAAGUGCUCGACGACCCUACAGAGGAUUCCUUGUAUAUGGUAAUGGAGAUGUGCAAAAAAGGGGUCAUCAUGAAAGUCGGAUUAGACCAAAAGAAAGAUCCAUACGAAGAUGAAAGAUGUCGAUUAUGGUUCCGAGAUCUCAUUCUUGGUAUUGAAUAUUUGCACGCCCAAGGCAUUGUUCAUAGGGAUAUCAAACCGGAUAAUUGCCUCCUAACUUCUGAUGAUGUGUUGAAAGUCGUCGACUUUGGUGUUUCGGAAAUGUUUGCCAAAGAUUCUGAUAUGUAUACGGCAAAGUCAGCGGGAUCUCCAGCAUUCCUUCCUCCGGAACUUUGUGUCGUCAAGCAUGGUGACGUGUCUGGGAAAGCUGCUGAUAUAUGGUCUAUGGGAGUAACGCUAUAUUGUUUGCGAUAUGGCCAUAUCCCUUUCGAAAAGCAAAGCAUAUUCGAAUUAUACGAGUCAAUUCGCAAUGAUGAUUUUGACUUGGGAAAUGAACAAGAUGAUGACUUCAAAGAUUUGAUGCACAGGAUAUUGGAGAAAGAUCCCGCGAAACGAAUCAAAAUGUCAGAACUAAGGAAUCACCCCUGGGUAACUAAAAAUGGUGAAGAUCCAUUACUACCAGAGGAAGAAAAUACGGCACAAGUGAUUCAGCCACCUACAGAGGAAGAAAUGGUAUCGGCAAUUACACACAAUGUCAAGAAUCUCUUCUCCGUGAUGAAAGCUGUUAGCAAAUUCAAGAAACUCGUGGACCCAUCCAAAACAGUUCCAGUGAUGCACAGUAUCCUUGGUUCAGAGCAUGAUGCGUACAUGGUUCAGCCACCGCUGCAAAUCGAGCCAGACGAGGGCAUUGAAGCAUUAGGCGUAUUCAAAAAGGUCACUAGUGAGAAUGGUCUGCUCCGCAGGAGCUCGACAAGUACCUCACAAGAAUCAUUCAGUGAACGAGGACGAUCACCCAAGAGGCACGAUUCUGGCGUCGCAGACAAGCAGAGUAGAUCGGCCUUUAUGAGAGCUGCAGCGGCGGCAGUGGCGGCAGCAAAGUCGUCACCGAAGGAAGGAUCCCCGUCGCGAAGCACCUCUGAAGGAACACGAGGCCACGCGCGAGAUCCUUUAGAGGAGGAAGUCCUAUACCUCCAUAUCGGAGCAUCAUCAUUCACCGGUGACUUCAGCAGCAGCAACGACGACGACUUCAACAAUAAUAUUAGCAAUGAACAAUCGUCGACCCCAGCCAAAACCAGACCAAUCCUCUCCCCACUCAGUGUCCCUGAUACAUCCGUCGACGGAAUUCCCGAAUUUCCACAAACAGGCACACCAAUCGACACCGACCAAGUCCCCAUCAUCAGCGAGUCACCAGGCGCUUCAGAAAUAGAUAUUUACGAAACGGCCUAUCGCGAAGAGAUUGAACGCAUCAAACGCCGUAGUAUAGCUAGACGGGACUCGGUGAGGACGAAGGUAUAUCUGACUCGACGAGUUGAGAAUAAGAAGAACGAUGAGGUUUUGCGAAUGGUAUCGCCGGACGCGUUUGGGUCUGUUCAGCAGCAAAGUGACAGAUAUCAAGAUCAAGGUUCUGAGCCCGUCAUUCUUCAUGGCGGUGUUAACGACAAGGUCUCGGGUGCGUUCGCUUCUGCCGGAGCGGCGUUCAGUAGUGCUUUGGCCGCGGCGAAAGGGGCAAGUGCGAAUAUCAGGAGUACUGCGGACAUGGAAGUGGAAAAGGAUCCAGGCGUUGAAGCGAAGUGA